GGACACCGUCUCAUGUAGCCCAAGCUAGCCUUAAACUCCUGAUUCUCCAGCCUCAGAUCUCUUGAACGUUGGGGAGGCAGACCUAUGUCAUCACAUUAAGAGAUGGCAGAAACAUUUUGUGCUUGCCUGAAGAGACGGUGUUGCCCACCACUGGAGGACAUGAGGCAGAGGACCCGGAAGUGUCACUUUGUCUUCCACUUCCUCAGACACCCUCAUCUUGGUGCUAAGACGCCUAUGCUGGAGGGUCCAACCAAGGUGGGGUGACUUCUCACUUAAUCCGUGAGAUGAGAAUGUGGGAAGGUCUUCUCCUCAAGCUUUUUGGAAUCCUGUCUGUCCUGGACAGAAGCUUUGACUAGGAAUGUGAAUCUCUGUUCCCACCUACUCAAGUCCUUCUUCCUAUGGGACUGGUGUUUUGAUUCCACUGCCCCUUUACUGUUGGAAACUCUAAUGCUAGAGUCUAGGAGUGUAAAAACCACAGGAAAGUGUGACACAACUGUUUCCUCAGCCACAUCUCCCCUUUCAGUUAAUUCACACCCUAGUGUGAUUAGCCCACCUCCCACCUCUGGGCCCCCUAAGGUCCCCCAAGGUCUUCCAGGAAACCAGUUGUCUCCAACUGUAGAGAACCUGUGCAGAACCUGCGACAACAGCCUAAACCACUACCUAGACCACGAGGGUAGACACCCCCAGAGCAGCCAGCAAGUAAAGACUUCUGCAGAGCCCUCCCCCACCACACAGGAGGAGAGGGGCCAAUCCGAGGGGAGGGGAAGCCACUCAGGAAGGAAGGGUGUGAGAAGAAUCAGACCAGACACCAGGACUGAAGCUACAGAGGAUUCUCCGACAAAGCCACUGUUUGCUGGCUGUGUCUCUGGCUCAGAGGACUAGGAGUCCAGGUACAUGGCCUUUCCCUUUUUCUAAGAGCCAACAGUCUGGGUCAUCUGUGUCUUUGUCCUAAGAAGUGGAAACCCAGAGCUGUGUCCAUGGAGCCCUGGCGGUCCCUGGCCCUGCUUGCUGGCUCUCUGGGCCUGAUUUCUUCUCUGAUUGCUCUAAGCACUGACUACUGGAUAGUAGCCACCGGCCACGGCUUCUCUGCCCACUCUGGCCUCUGGCCAACGAGCCAAGGGAUUCAAGUAGCAGAUUUUAUCCACGUGACACAGAGCUUCUGUAUCCUGGCUGCCCUGUGGGCCCUGGUGUCCGUGAGCUUCCUUGUUCAGUCUUGCAUCCCGGCUCUGUCUGCUCCCGGCCGUGGCCCUUUGGUCUCAACUGUCAUGGCUUUUGCUGCAGCUGUCUCUAUAUUAGUGGCCAUGACAGUGUAUACCAGUACGAGAUGGAGCCAGAGUCCAUCUCCCCAAGUCCAGACUUUCUUCUCCUGGUCCUUCUACCUCGGCUGGAUCUCCUUCAUCCUCUUCCUCUUUGCAGGCUGCCUGAGCCUGGGUGCUCACUGUAGAACCCAUCGGGCUGAGUAUGAAACCUUGUGAACAGAAGCCAAGGACAGCAGGGUCAGCAGGAUGUUUGGAGCCUUGUCCUCUCAGGAGCUACAAAAGGAAUACAAAAUUCUGUCUCUGUCCCUCCCACUUUGCCUUAUCCUUCAUUGGUUUCUUCACAUACUCAAUAAUAAUAA